AUGUUAUCUUUCUUUUGUCUUCUUUCCUGUUUCUUCUAUAUUUUGUUUCUCUUUCUUCUUACAUCUCGUUUUCAUUUUUCCUCCCUUCACUGUCUGCUCUUCUUCUUUCAAUCUCUCUCUCUCUCACACACUUUCUCUCUCAUCCUCACUUUCUCUCUCUCUCUUUCUAUUACGUUUCUCUCUUAUUUCCCCCAAUCAUUCUUGCUAUUAUUUCAAUCUUUUUCUCUUGAAUUUAUUUUCUUUUCCCAACUCUCUCUCUCUCUCUCUCUCUCACACACUUUCUCUCUCAUCCUCACUUUCUCUCUCUCUCUCUUUCUAUUACGUUUCUCUCUUAUUUCCCCCAAUCAUUCUUGCUAUUAUUUCAAUCUUUUUCUCUUGAAUUUAUUUUCUUUUCCCAACUCCUCUCUCUCUCUCUCUCUCACACUUUCUCUCUCAUCCUCCUUUUUCUCUCUCUCUCUUUCUAUUACUUUUCCUUAUUCACCCCUUCUCUCUCUUCCUCCCUCUCUCUACCUCUCUUCCCCCUAUCACUCUCUCUGUCUAUCCCUCUCCUUUUCCACCUAUCUCUCUCUAUCUCUUUGUCUCUUUUUCUCUUUCUCUUUCUCUCUCUCUCUCUCUCUCUCUCUCUCUCUUCUCUUUUUGUCUCUCUCUGUUUCCCAAUAUUUUUCUUUUAUUCUCUCUCUCUUUCAUCUAUACGUUCUCCUGGUUUGUCUUUAA